UUCAGCAAAAAAAGAGACCGGUUCUUGUUUAUGCGCCAUUUGAACGUGCCCAACACGUGACGUCUGUGCAUCUCAUUUGCUUGUUAUUGCCGCGCGCGUGUGUAAGCUGCGUGCUCCUUUGGUGCGUAGGGUGCAGUAUUUUGUUGUGAGUGUUGCUGGCAGCCGAGUGGUCCGCCAGUCCACAUUUUUCACCGUUUAUGAAAGCCGGAGCAAACCAAAGGCCUGCCUGAAGCAGCUUUUGUCACUUUCAACCCAUCAUGGAUCCUUUCAUCAAGCUUUUCGUGGAGUGUGUCUGUUUCAGUUUUGUCCUCAAUCUGGCACACACUUUUGAUGAUGAAUUUGAUGCUAAAAAAUGGCACGAGAUACACCAGGUACAUACCCCGCCCCUGGAACACACCCCAAUAAGUGUGCCUAUUGAAGUGAUCAUUGGUUUCUCUGUCAUGGCGGUGUUGGUACUGACCUGUUUCAUCAUAAGCUGCGCCUGCCAUCGAAGACACCCUGAGUGGUUUCCAACAAGACCUCGCACUCUACCACCACUGCUACCGACUGGACCUCCAGUGACAUCGGGGGCAACUACACAAGGAGUAUAUGCUCCAUUCCCAGGAACAACUCCAGCUCCAGUUGCACCGCCGCAAGUGUACACUCUGGUUCCAGGUGCAGCUCCAGUGAUGUUGUAUCCACAACAGACUUACUAUCUGCAGACAAAUGUGCCACACCCACAGGGCGGUGUCAACGCAAGUAACACCAUGGCAUCUCCGGCACAGCUGCCGUCUGCUACACCGCUGCCAUCACAGCCUGCACCACGCUCUCGUUACGGACACGCAAAUUCCAAGGAUAUCUCCAAGGUGCCGCUGUGCCAUGACUGGUGAAGCUGCGAAGCUCUUUCGUGGCUUUGCUCUUUACCCUUGCAUUACCUUUGCACAGAAGUGCUUGGUAUUGUUAUCACAUGUCGGACCUGCCACAGUGAACCAGUUGCCAUGGAUUUGUGCUGCUGAGCUCGAGAUUGCGGGUUCAAUACGGGCCACGGCGGCUACAUUUCAAUAGGGGCUAAAUGCGAAAACAUUUGAUCAUUUAGAUUUAGGUGCGCGUUAAAGAACCCCAGGUUGUCAAAAAUCAAUCCAGAGUGCCCCACUACAGCACACCUUUUAAUCAUAUUGUGCAUUUUGCACGUAAAGCUCCAGCAUCUAAUUUAUUUUUAAUUACAUGUCUGGCAAAAGUUUGCUUUUUGCAAUGUGGAUAUAUCAAAGUUCAAUUUGCAGGCAAAGUGCAAGACAAUGCCGGGGCUGUUAUAGCAUUGUGACUUGCCUAUAUUGGCAGGAAUUGUAGCAACCUUGUUUUGAAGUUGGAGGAGGACAAAUGGUUUUAAUAACAAGCAUGGAUAUAACAAAUUAAAUCUAAAAUGUUUCUCGCCAAUAUCAGUGUAUAAUGAAUAUACGCUUAUACAGUGGAUAUUGGACAUAAUGAACAUAUUUAUCUUCAUGUCAUUUGUGAGAUUAUAACUAUGUUCAUUUGUAUUUCUCUGUAGAUCAGCUGCUCCAUGCUGUUGUUGCUUUUAUCAGAGAAUGGAAUCUCUUUUCAGUGUCACCAGACCCAUAUACAUUUCACUGGCCAGGUUUAUGAGUUUGUCGCCAUGUGUCAUCAAGCUUUAGUAAUUAAGUCGCAUACUAUAUACCACGAUAUAUCAAACCCACAUAUAACAAAUCAUUGUGUAGAACGAAUAGCUGUUAAAUCCUGUUGAAAAUUUUUGUGUAUGUUUACUUUGUAUAUCGAACUACCUAUAUACAAAAUUUUUUGUGAUGUCCUUCAGAUUCGAUAUAUCCGGUAUCGACUGUAUAUCCAUAAGUUUGUUGCUGUGUGUCGCUAAGCUUCAGUAACCUUGGGUCACAUACUAUAUAGUAGUGUAUCCGAGAUAUAUACAACACUUUUUUUUUUCAGGUUGCUGUUCUACAACUACAGUCCUGUUAGCAUACUUGGGAGUUUCAGUGCCAAAUAAUAUUGUGAGCACUGUUAAUAACUUUCAUAUCACAAUUGGGUGUGUUGGCUUCCUCUCUUUCUCUGGAAGGUUUCAUAAUAAAAUGGUUACCACGCAUGUGAUGGAAGUGCGAAUUAGUAACUGUACUAAGUAACUUAUGACAUUGUACCUGUAUGUUGUACCAUCAUCCCAGUUAUGGACUGAGUUGCCAAGUGAACUUAUGUGAUUGCUCACAACUUACUGUUGUUAUUUUACCAUGAACAAGCUCGGUUUUUGUCAUUCACAGUGGGAACCACAGUGCUUCUUCAGUGUGGCUCUUUCGAACAUUUACCGCCCAAAAGUGUUUGCUUCACAUCUGUGUUUAAUGCAGUAAUUCACUGGGAUCAACUUGAUCUGCGUCUCUUCCAGUGAUGGGACAUAUAGAGCACACUGUAUUAAGGAAAAAUAAGGAAUGCGUAACACAAAAUUGCGUGUUUCUUAUUCUUUGUCCUCAUUUUAAUACUCUCUUGGUCAUUUCCUAAUGCAGCUGUGGUUAGAAGCACCACUUCUAUUUUUUUGCAUUUCACUUUUUAAAUGUUAGUGUAAACCAUGCGACAGAGGUGUACAUGAUAUUAUGGUAAAAUGAGGGGUUGAGUACAAGAGGGGGCUGGAGGGGUUGAGAGGAUGCCAUUUCAUGUACCCUUCAGCAAACCAUUUAUGAAAAGCAGAUCCCGCACCACCUUCUUUGAACAAGGCCCGGUCUUCAAUCUGUCCGUUGACAUCUGCGUUGUGUGGGUGUUCAUCUCAGCUGGCCUCCAGACUUUCUCAACUCUCAUGGAUCUCAUUUUCACUCUUUCUUGAACUUUACAUUAAAAACAGUGUUUUACAAUUAUGCCUUGUAAAAUUUUUGAUGCCACAAGACAAAUUAAUGUUAAAAGCAGUAUCAAACAUUAUAAUCUGUCCCGAUUGUCUUGUACUGACAGGAAGGUAUCUAUUCCUUCGCUGAAUAAUUCCUUCGAUGUGCGUGUCAACCACAGUCAGUCCUUUUGCAGGUUGCAGAGUGUUGAACUUGCUACUAUACAAUAAGCAACAUUUUUAUUGCCCUGUUUAUCUUCAGGCUUUUAAGACAAGUGUGUAUGUGUCAGUGCUUUUACCUGUGCCUUUUUUUUACACUGUGAUAUGUCAAGACUUUUGCAUCACCAUCUCACUUGACUCUUACACAAUGUGCCUUUGUUCACCAAACUGUGCAUGCCGACCUGUACACCGGUAUCUCAGUUGUUCCCGAGUGAUCAAUAAAGAUAAUUUACCAUUACGUA